CUCGCCGCAGCAAUCGAAAAUAUAUUUCGAUUCAUAUAUCGCAAGGGAAACCAGGUGAUUCAAGGAAGAUCAGAUGGAUUCAAUGACAAGGGCAAACAUUGGACGUACGAGGUUAUGUCAGAGAGAAUCAUUCAUGCUGCAAGGUCACCUUGCGACACGAGUUCAGAGAGUAUAACAAUAUUAGUAGCAUAUGAAAUCCAACAGAUAGUCCAAAAUAGUAUCUUAAGUCUAUUAGAUCGUUAACCGCAUAAAGCGUAAACACAUAAAUAGCUGAUGCAAAUGACAGGCGGUGCCCUGGUACAAUUCUUCUAAACUGUUCAUAAAUAAGGAGAGAGUAAAAGAAGGCAGUGACAUAGAACAAGAGGGAAAAAUUAGGGAGGUGCCAAUAAUAAUGGGAAUAAGAUACUUGGAUUUGGGGUUGGGUCCGAAAUGAAUAUAAUUGAAUACCUCGUGAAGCAAAUAAGUAUGUCAUCUGCCCAGAACCUGUCUAGAAAUAGUUUGUUUUUAAAGCAUUUCAUGUUAAUUGUUCUUUAGAACUAUAGUGCAAACCAAAAUAUGUUACAAAUGGGUUAACUAAAACUUUGAAGAUGGUACAUGAAAUAUGGUAUUUAAAGAACAAUUUGUUUUGUAAUGUUUUUUAACAUUGCAUGUUAAUAAUUUUCUGCGAAGGGAGUAAGACAUGACUUAAAAGUUCUCAAAUGUAAUUAGUACUUUGACCAUGGAGCUAUUCUUAGCUCCAUGGUUUUGACUAUAUUGAUUUAGUCUGAAGAGGAAAAUGUUUUGGAAUAUUAUUUCUUACAUUUAUGAGCCAUAAUUAUUUAUUAAAAUUGAAGAAUUGAUACAGAGGGAAUAAGGACUGUAGAAGACGCAUGAAAUUAAGAAAUCACAUUGAAUGAACUGUAGAGAUGUUGAGGUAGCUGACUGUAUAAUGGAUUUAGUGGCUCAAGAGGAAAAAGAUACCACUACGUUGUCAGAUUCUAGAGAUGGGACUGCAAAGCAGACCACAACUGGUAUUAUAUUAAAACACAACUCAUCAGGCAAUGAAAGUAACAUGCCAGAGGCAAACCAAUUCCAAGCAAAGGAGAGCCUCAUAACAGGAUUUGAUGGUGUAGGUGAGCAUCCGUACGUAUGCUCCUUCUGCCAAAAGCGAUUUGCAUCUAAGGCGAGUGUGGAUACUCAUCAAUUGCGAGCUCACAAUGUCAAUAGUGAUUCUGCAUUAUCUUGCUCAAAAUGUGGAAAACUCUUUACUCGUCGUAGUGCCUUAGAUGUACACUUAAGAAUCCACAGUUCAGACAAACCAUUUCAGUGUGAGCACUGUGGAAAAUCUUUUACCCAGAAGGUUUCUCGUGAUAUCCAUAUUGCAAAGCACACAGGCAAAUAUAACUACCGAUGCUCAGUUUGCCCAAAGGCCUUUGCUUCGCAAGCAAAACUAAAUAGUCAUAGUUUUGUACACAAGACACCACGUUUUACAUGUGAAUUGUGUGGGCAUGGUUUUGUACGCCAGGACACAUUGAUAGUACACCAACGUUCUCAUAAAAGUGAACGUCCAUUUCAGUGCUCGGUCUGCUCUCAGACAUUUACUUCUCAAUCAAGGCUUCUCUCUCACAAUGAGAUUCACAGAGAGGAUCAUCCAUAUAGAUGCACUAGUUGUCAUGCUCAAUUCAAACAGAAGACGGGAUUAGCAGCACACUUACGAAGGCAACACAACAUGAAAGUAUCUAUUUCAAAUUCUAACAUGGAAUCAGAGCAAGUGAUUGAGCAUACACCAGAUCUCUUCACAUCGUCAAUUGACACUGCCCAGAUCACCACUCCAGUAGAAUCUGUACAACCUGAACUGGAUGAUAAAAAUUCAGCAUGUAAUGUAUCUCAGAAGAAGGGUUUGUUAUGUGCUCAUUGUGGAAAGAAGUUUCACAAGAAACAGAGUUUGAAGGAGCAUGAGAUGGAGCCUUCUUUUGAGUGUAACUUAUGUGGCAAACGAUUCCAUCGCAGUGAUGUUUACAAACAUCACAUGUUUUUGCAUACAAAGGAACGUCCAUUCAGUUGUGCACACUGUGGGAAAGCCUUUGCUUCAAAAACUAACCUCAGUACACAUUUAACCAUCCACUCUACUUCUAGUCAACCAGCUCUUGAAUUGCAGUGUGAUGAUUGUGGCAGAAAAUUCAAGCACAAAAACACUUAUAUUUUACAUAGAAAAACUCAUGUAGGAGAUUUCACUCACACUUGCACUACUUGUGGUAAGAAGUUCAUGAAGAAGAGCCACUUUGAAGGUCAUUUGCGAAGCCAUACUUCUAACCGCCCAUUCAUGUGUCCAACAUGUGGCCGACGUUACAAAGAACGAAAGCAUUAUGUUGAACAUGCUCGUAAAUCACACCCCAAUAAUUUCAGCUUGGCAUCAUUAUUUGCCUCUAUUGCUAAUGAAGAUGGACAAAUUGAUCAUAUGGCUGAUAUUCUAUGUCCUGCAGCUCCUUCCCUUCAUCAGGAGGAUAAUCCAUCUGGCUUAAACAUCUCUAGCCUACCAGACCAGUUGCAGCCCACUUUAGUGGAGAUUUCAGAUGUAGCUGCUUCUAGUAGUCUGGACCCAGGCUAUCUGCUAAAUUCUCAAGUUAAUGUGAAUGAAACAUCAAUUUCAAUGGAUACACCUAUGACAAACUUAGAAUUUUCAUCCCUAGAACCCAUGCUUCAAGAAAUUGAGAUUCCCAAUACAACACAAUUUCUAAUGUCAUCCAAUCAGCCGCAAAUAGAGAAAAAUACUUGUGAAGUAGUAAUGCCUGUGAACACAAUGUCUCUUACAGUCCUUUCAGCAGAAGACACAAGUUCAGUGCUUUCUCAAGGACUUGAAUCAUGACAGACUAGAUUAAAAUUGCUAUUUUGCCAGAAGAUAAAACUGUCUUCUUGUUUUUAAUUGUUACUGACUUUUAUGAUUUUGUAAGGAUUACUCUCAGUGGAUGUGAUGGUAAUCUAUAAGCUUGGCAGCUUAGGCUCAUAUAAGUUAAGACUUCUGUUUAUUAACGACCUUUAUGGGUCUAACAAUAUGUCAAAAAGGGCCAGUAGACCGAUGUUGCAGUAUUUAAAUAAAAUCUGACUUAUUGUGUAUUUCUGUUUUAAACAUCUUUCUUUCCAAUUGAGGACUAGUAAUGGGAAAUGCUUAAAAUGCCAAAAAGACAUUUUUGCAGUUUUUUUUAUGGAAACUGUUAAAAGCACGACAAAUAAUGGGAGAAAAAUUGGAAGAACCACAAAUGUUUAGUUAAACAUUCCUGAAACAAUGGAGAAGUGUGAAAAUUCCUGCAGCAAUGGUGUUGAAUAUGCUGCAUGUGCCUAGUGUGCCUAGAGAAGAGGAAAAAGAAUGUUCAGUAUAUGAAGAAUUAGAAACUACAGUCACUAUCGCGAGUUAAAAGGUAGUGAUAUGGAUGGAGAUUUCAGAGAUUUGCUUUCCGUAGCUAACACACAUUUAAAUUGCAAAAAUUUGGAUUUCAAAAAGCUUUAACAAUAUUGGCACCUCAAUAAAUGAAGGCAAACUUCUACAUAGAACGUCAUUCGAUAAUAAAGAAUGGACUGAGUUUGUGGAGUUGAAAAUGAGAUUCAAACUGCACAAUCUUAGCCAAUCAAGAAAAUAUUCCACACCUUCUAUUAAUUUAUUAUGAAGAUGAACAUUACAAGAUGAAGAAAAGACUUGCUGCCCAUGGUCCCAUUUCUUGAGAAAUACAGAGACCUUUAUGUAGCAUAUUUUGGUGAUUGUAAACAUGGGCAUUUCUUGGGGCAAAAGAAUAUAUUAACAAUUAUGUGAAUUUUACAAUGUCUUCUGUUCAGUACCCUAUCCUCCAUUGUUGUUCUAUAAUAAAUUAGUUCACGUUGUGCACUUGAAAGUGAAGUAAGACACUUCUAUCUUUCCCUUUCUUUCACAUUUUUAAAUGAUUAUUUUUAUAAAAUUACAAUAACUUUCAAUCUUUUUCACGUGAAGUGAUAGCAAUGACAAGAAAUUAUCACAACUUCCAAUGCACUGAGUAAAAUUAUUUGCGAUAUGAAUUCGUUGUUGUUUUUCUUCUUUUUUUCUGAAAUAGUAAAGUUUGGCACUUUUAAUGUUUCCCAUUUCUAGUCCACAAUUGUUUAGAGGCCGUCCAUAAAUUACAUUUUGAAAUUUGGAGUAUUUUGAAUACCCUCUCCCCUUGUAAUGCAUGCUUGAACCUCCCUAAAUAAUUGCAUAAUGAUUGUGACCCCAUCCCCUACUUUACAAUACGUAAAAAUUUAUUAUCAAUAGUAAAAAC